UUGGUCGGUGGCGUGUGACGAUCCCGGCAGUUGUUGAUUCUUUUGCCGGGUGCAUGUUGUAGCCCUGAAUCCACAAUAUGGACCAAAAUAACGAAGGAAACCUGUCCCAUGUCCAGCGUGUUGUGCUGGUGCUGUCAGGGAAGGGCGGUGUGGGAAAGAGCACCAUCACCACAGAGUUAGCUCUGGCUCUCCGGCACGCUGGAAAGAAGGUUGGCAUCCUGGACGUUGACCUGUGUGGGCCCAGCAUUCCUCGCAUGCUGAAUGUAGGCCAGACCGACGUGCACCAGUGUGACUCAGGCUGGGUGCCGGUUUACACUGAUGCCCAGAAGAGUCUCGCCCUCAUGUCCAUAGGCUUCCUGCUGGAGGACCCAGAUGACGCAGUGGUGUGGAGGGGGCCCAAGAAAACAGCUAUGAUCGGCCAGUUUGUGUCAGAUGUAGCGUGGGGAGAGCUGGACGUGCUGCUGGUGGACACGCCACCUGGGACGUCUGACGAGCAUUUGGCUGUGCUGGAAAAUCUUAAAAAACACCGAGUGGACGGAGCCGUUUUGGUCACGACACCUCAGGCAGUAUCGACCGGCGAUGUGAGAAGAGAGAUCACCUUCUGUAAGAAGACAGGAGUGAAGAUCCUGGGCAUUAUAGAGAACAUGAGCGGCUUUGUUUGUCCACACUGCUCUGAAUGCAGCAACAUAUUCUCAAAGGGUGGAGGAGAGGAGCUGGCCAAACUGACCGGAUCAGUAUUCCUAGGCUCUGUGCCCUUGGACCCUCUUCUCAGCACCAGCAUAGAAGAAGGCAAAGACUUCAUACAGUCGUUUCCUGACAGUGCCACCUUCAGCGCCAUUAGCAGCAUUUCUCAGACUCUGCUCAGCAGCCUCCAAACAGCUUGAGUCAGGAUUUUUUUUUCUACUCAAAGUUGUGCUUGUACCAUAAUGCAGAACUGUCACUUUUGUAGAUGUCGCAUUUUUACCUGUAUAGAUAAACAUGAUAUGAAACAUUUCCUGUCGUCACAGCUUUUGUUAUUUAAAAUGUGUCUGCUCGCGUCACAACACGGACUGUGUGCAGUCAUCUCUUACUGCUGCAGUUGCAGAUCUCGUGGUGUGAAGAUUGUCAGCUCUCGCCGCAGAAUGGAACAGGGAGAGAGGAACAGAGUCAAACUCAGCUAAUCUUUGGUUUUUUUUGUAUGUAAUUUUGCAACAAAACGGUAAGUCAUGCUGCGUGCAUGAGAUUGGCUGCAUCACAGUAACAUAUGCAGCACUGAAGACAGUAGACUUUGUGUUUAGAGGCCAGUCAAAUCUAAGUUGGAAUCUUCUUUAAUUCAGUUGUGAAAACAUUCACGUCGACACAUCAGGAUAACUUCAAUACCAGUGAUAAUACAGGAUUGUAGAUUGGCGCUUCAGUAAAAUGCGUCAGCAGCAGUUCCAUUUUCAGAAAAUGAACUCCAGAUCAAAUUGGACCAGUCCUGGUAUGAAACUAGGCCAAACUUGCAUACUAAUCUCCCUGGAUUCCUACUGCAUGCUACAAACGAUAUGUUCUGUAGUGUCAAAUUGUUUUGGAGGGCAUAUGUGACAGAAAACUUUCUUUUUUUUUUUUGGAUCUGGAUUAAAUCUUCUGAAACUAGCCUGCUCCUCA